AUGGUCGAGAAUGAUGAAAACAAUAUUUUUACCAACAGUCAUCUUGAAAGAAUCGUGUCACACUUGUACGAAUGGAUGGUGAUUCAAGUUGAGGAUGUAUCAGUGGAAGAGUGGACUGAUAGCGACUACUGUACAGACAAUCAAGGUAGUAUAUUCAACAUAAAUAGCGAGGAAGAACGUGACCUUGGUAUCCUCAAGACAGACUUUGAUCAACAAAUUCCAGCCGAUUCGAAUUUUGAACGAUUCGUUGGGUCGAUUGGUAACCAUGUCGAAAUACAACAAUCCAUUUACGAUCAAUUCUCCAUCCUAGUAAACUCUCAAAAAUGGAAUGAAAGAUAUGCUAGUUUGAUUGCUUUGUCUAAAUUUACUAGAUUUAUCAUUGAUAUUGUUACGCAACAACUUCCAUUUAUUUUAAAUUCAAUAUUUAAAUUAGUUGAAGAUGAAAAUAUAAGAAUCAGAUGGGCAUCAUUACAAUGUUUAAUUCAAUUAUUUAUACAUAUGCAAGAGAUGAUUGGUUCAAAAGAAAAGGUAUACCAAGUUUUGAUCAAAUCAAUUUAUGAUCCAAAUGAACGCAUACAAAUUAGUUGUUGGUUGUUACUUCAAACAAUGACAAAUGUAUUGGAAGCAGAUAUGAUAGCAGAUACUGAUUUGCAAGUAUUAUCAAGUUUGUUUGAAAAACUUUUACAAUCACAAAAGUUAUAUGUCGUUGAAAGUGCAUUACCUUCAUUCAUGUCUCUUGUUUCUAUUGCUAAAGAAAGAUUAAACCCUUAUUUUGGAAAUAUUAUUCCAAUACUAUUAUCAGUGUUGGAAAAACAUCAAAGUAUUGGAACAAAAGAAUCAAGAGUAUUCAGGUGUCGUGCAGUUAAAGCAUUUGCUUUGUGUGGUUUGGUGGUUGACAAUAAUACAUUUUCAACAUACUUGAACAAGUUUAUGAUGUUUGUUAAAAAGAAUCAAGGUUCGGUUGAUUUAGCAGUUGAUAUUACAAGAGCAUCAUAUUCAUUUAUUCAAACGGUUGGUAAUGAGUUUGCAGUUUAUUCACCAAUGAUUGUCAGGAUGGCUGUCAAUGUACUAGAGAUACCACUACCCGACCAAGAACAAGACAUGCGUGCAUCGUCACGACAUAAUGUCAAGAAAAUAAUGUCGACCCUCACAGGAUUGAACAACCUUAUUCAGAUUUGUAUUGAUUAG